AUGGCCGAGUUCGCCUACAGCAAUAGUUAUCAGGCUAGCAUAGGGAUGGCACCGUUCGAAGCUCUUUACGGACGAAAGUGCCGAUCUCUUAUUCAUUGGAGUGAGGUAGGCGAGCGUGCGGUUCUAGGCCCCGAUGUUUUGCGAGAGGCGGAGGAAAAAGUCUGUCUUGCUCGCCAAAGGUUGCUCACGGCGCAAUCUAGGCAAAGGAGUUAUGCUAAUAAGCGCCGUAGAGAUUUGGAAUUCGUGGUAGGCGACCGCGUCUUUUUAAAAGUGUCGCCCAGGAGAGGCAUGAAGCGGUUCGGAGCGCGGAAAAAGAGUCCCCGAUAUAUUGGACCAUACGAGGUGUUGGAGCGGAUUGGUGCGGUGGCUUAUCGGCUAGCGUUGUCGCCAAAGCUCGCCGAUGUUCAUUAUGUCUUCCAUGUCUCUAACCUCCGCAAAUAUAUUCAAGAUCCCGAGCAUGUGUUGUCAUAUGAACCGCUGGAAUUACGCGAGGACUUGAGCUAUGAGGAAUAUCCGGCGUUGAUUAUUGCUCGAGAAGUGCGAAAGUUGCGAAAUCGCGAAAUUUCCUACGUCAAGGUUCGAUGGACCAAGCAUAACGAUUGCGAAGCUACGUGGGAACUUGAGGACGCAAUGAAAGCGAAGUACCCUCAUCUUAUUGAGGCGUGA